ACAGCCACAACAGUGUCUUGUGGAGACACAUGUGCUGUCUUUUUUAUUUAUGCGACUAAAAAGGUAGUUUUGCUUUACACCCUUUUUUUUAAAGCUAAUAAACCUCCGUUCUCCAGCCUAUCAACAGAAGAUACAUUUGUAAAAACAAAAAAAUGAAAAGAAAAUGGAAGCAAAACGAAGGGAAGAAGAAGAAGAAGGGGGAUGAAGUGUUGCAGAAGUACAUGUUCGCAGUGGGUGAGUUUGUUAAAAGCAAAAGUGCCACAGAAGAAACGGAUGGUGAUCAUGAGUUGAGGGUUGUAAAGAAGAAAAGCAGAAAAGAACUGCGCAAAGAAAAGCGAAAACUGAAAAAAGCCAGGAUGAAAUGCCAUUAUGAAGGCAAGAAGGAGCUCUGUUUAACCCCUGUUGAUGGUGAAAACUUGGAAAUAAGGACUGAAAAAGCCCAAGUAGUUCAGAAGAACGUGAAGAAAGCCAAGAAGGAAGUCUCAAAGCCUGCUCAGGCUGCUACUGAGAAAGCAGAAACAUCUCAAACACCUUCAUCCUCCAAGAAAGGUAAGAAAGUUACCAGGCUUCAAGAAUCAAGGAAAAAGGCAUUAUUGGAGGCAAACGAACAAGAGGACAGGGAAAUAAAGAAGCUGGAGCGAUGCCUUGGAUUAAACAAGAGAAAAAACAAAAAAAGUCUCCCACAGUCCUUUGUGACAGAUGGACUUGACUACAUCCUGGGUGUGCUGGACUCUGGCUCAUCAGCCGGGGCCAUGUAUGAUGGGAACGAUGAUAAUGCUGACGACAUGGACAUGGCCGUGGCCAAAGAAAACUUUGAAAACCUGGAUAAUAGUGAUUUAGAGCAAUCAGAUGAAGAUGAAGAAGUCAGAGAUGAAAUGGCAAGUGAAGGCAGUGAUAAUGACAACGAAGAGAUCGAUGAUGAUAAUGACAACGAAGAGAUUGAUGAUGAUGAUGAUGAUGAUGAUGAUGAUGAUAUGGAAGAAGACAUGGAUAACUUCAGUGACGCGAUCAAUGAGAGUGAAGCAGGCUCAGGUGAAGAAAGUGAAGAGGGAACAGAAGAAGCAGCUGAUAUUCAAGGAACAGCGACAUCAAGCCCGCAGUCAGAAGCUGUCACCACCACAGCUGGGAAGUAUGUUCCACCUCAGCUUCGUAACACUGGAGAUGAUAAACGAAAAGCCGAGCUGGAGAAACUGAGGAGGAAUGUGAAAGGCCUGCUGAACAGGCUAAGUGAGCCCAACAUGGCCUUCAUCUGCAAUCAGCUGGAGGAGCUGUUCACUCGCUACAGCAGGAAGGACAUGAACGACACUCUGACAGAGGUGCUGCUUGCAGGCUGUGUCACCCCGGCCUUGAUGCCAGACCGACUGCUGAUGGAGCAUGUCCUGCUUGUUAGCAUCCUCCAUCACGUUGUGGGGCUGGAGGUGGGAGCUCAUUUCCUGGAGACAGUGGUGCGCAGAUUUGACGAAGAGUACAAGACCCCAAGUGAGAGCAAAGAGUGCAACAACCUUGUUGCCAUCAUCGCUCACCUCUAUAACUUCCAGGUUAUGCAUUCUGUCAUCAUCUUUGACAUCCUGAAACUGCUGGUGGAAGCAUUUCUGGAGAAGGACAUUGAGCUUGUCCUAUUUGUGCUGAGGAACGUGGGCUUUGCCCUGAGGAAGGAUGACGCUCUGGGUCUCAAGGAGCUCAUCUCUGAGGCCCAGCGAAAGGCAAACACCAUGGGGUCAAAGUUUCAGGAUCAGACACGAGUGCGAUUCAUGUUGGAAACGAUGCUGGCGCUAAAGAACAAUGAUAUGAGGAAGAUUCCCGGGUAUGAUCCCGAGCCUGUGGAAAGACUGAGGAAGCUGCAGAGGACUCUGAUCAGCCGCAGUGCAAAAGGGAGUGACAUGAAGCUGAGGGUCUCUCUGGAAAACCUGCUGGCAGCAGAGCAGGUGGGCCGCUGGUGGAUCGUUGGGUCGUCAUGGAGUGGAGCGCCCAUGAUCAGCAAACAAGAUGACACAAGCACAAAGCAGAGCACUGCUGAAGGACAGUUUAGCGCCAAAGUUUUAGACCUGGCUAAGAAACAGAGAAUGAACACUGACAUCAGGAAAAACAUAUUCUGUGUGGUCAUGACUAGUGAGGAUUACCUGGAUGCCUUUGAGAAACUGUUGAGGAUGGGCCUGAAGGACAAGCAGGAAAGGGAGAUCGUCCAUGUUCUGAUGGACUGCUGUCUGCAGGAGAAAAGCUUCAACGCCUUCUACGCUGUACUGGGGGAGAAACUCUGCUCCCACCACCGGCGCUUUCAGAUGACGUUCCAGUUCAGGCUAUGGGACAAGUUCAAGGAGCUGUCCAACCUUCCCAGCAGCACCUUCAACAAUCUGGUCCAGCUGGUUACUCACUUUCUUCAGAGGAAGUGUCUUUCACUCUCUGUUCUCAAGGUGAUUGAGUUCGGGGAGCUAGAUAAAAUCACAGUUCGCCUCUUGCGGCAGAUCUUGACCAAACUGCUUAAAGAAACCGAGCCCGAGGAGGUUGCCAGCAUAUUUGGAAGGAUUUCUGGAAUCCCCAAGCUAGGAAUGCUGCGGGAAGGUCUGAAGCUCUUCAUCAGUCACUUCCUCCUGAAGAACGCCCCGUCGCAGGGAUCAGCUGAGCAAGCAGCACUGCUGUCGGAGCGCGCCCAGGUCGCCACCAACGCCAUGGAGGCCAAAGAGGCCAAGCUCAAGCUGUAAAACCCACACACACUUCAGAAACCUUAAAUACAUCCUCGGGAACCGAGGGAAGAAAUGAUUCCUGAUAAAAACAACACAGAUCUGCUGGGAGAAGAAUUUAAAAUGGUUUUAAUAUUGAAAUUAGAGUUUUGAAUCCUUUCAGAAACACAUCUAAAGCACGGUGCUUCCUGGUUAAGGUCUGUUAUUCUGAUAUAACUGAUUGAACAUGCUUCUGUUUUACAACGAAUUUAUGACAAUGCCUCAAAUAUUGUUUAUUUUCAUUUGAAUAUUUUCAAUGCAGAUGUUUUAUAUGUGUUUAUUAAAAAGAGGAGGAUGUACAAAACCAGAUUCACAGUGGAAAGCUUUUGAUUGAAGCCAUUUCCUGUUUCUUUCGUGUG